AGGGAGGAGAAGGUUGGUGGAGAGAGGGAGGGGCGAGAGAGAGAGAGAGCUGCGUGGUUUGUCAGCUGUUAUUCCCCUCAGCAGGCUGCUCUCUCUGUGUUGUAAGAGCGCGCAUGGAGAACGGCAGGAUGGAGCGGAUGGAGUCGAUGGAGCCGAUCUCGGCGCACUACACCACGGCUUACCCGGAGAUCCAUCCCGAUAGCGGGUACGAAUCCAGAGAGACCGCCGACAGCCAGGCAAAGACUCCCCCAGCUCCGACAUAUGACGAGGAAUUAGUGCACAAGACAAUCCUGGUCGGGGACAGUGGAGUGGGAAAGACGUCGCUGUUGGUGCAGUUCGAUCAGGGAAAAUUCAUCCCCGGCUCCUUCUCCGCUACAGUGGGCAUUGGAUUCACGAACAAAGUGGUGACUGUUGAUGAUGUAAAAGUCAAACUACAGAUUUGGGACACAGCAGGACAGGAGAGGUUCAGAAGUGUGACACAUGCAUAUUACAGAGAUGCACACGCUUUGCUCCUCCUGUACGACAUCACCAGCAAAACCUCCUUUGACAACAUAAGGGCAUGGUUGACAGAGAUCCAUGAGUAUGCACAGAGCGAUGUAGUCAUCAUGUUGCUGGGCAACAAGGCUGACAUGAGCAGCGACAGAGCCAUCCGGAGAGAGGAAGGAGAGCGUCUGGCCAGAGAGCAUUCAGUUCCCUUCAUGGAGACAAGUGCCAAGACAGGAGUCAACGUAGAGCUGGCCUUCACUGCUGUGUCCAAGGAACUGAAGCACCGGGCCGUCCAACAUCCCAACCAACCCAAGUUCCACAUUCAUGAAUACAUUGAAGCACAGAAGGAGAAAUCCGGCUGCUGCAGCUACUUCUGAAUCUCCUCUCCACUCUGCUCUUAAAUGCCAAUACCAACCAACCGACCGACCGAGCGAGCGACCGAGACCAAGCGACCGAUCAACCGGUCCAACCGACCGACCAACCAACCAACCGGUUCAACCAAGUCGGCACUUAUUUAAUGCAGAUUAAGCCAUGUUUUAAAAUCACAUUGCUUGUAAAUUUGUCUGAACAAUAAAAACACAAAAAUAUA